CACAUCACUUGAAACUGGUUUAUCUGUUCCGCUCAGUCUCAGCCAACCAACCGGUGCGAUAAGAUGCCUACAUUCGGCAGAAUCUUCGUUUUAGUGAUUAGCUUGCACGCAUGGACUGUUCUAUCGCAGGAUUCCAAUGGGUGUCCCAACAUUAUCAAACGGGCUGGCUGGAGUGCUUCCAAAUCUACGAACGUUACCUAUCAGAUCAAGCCCGUGCAGUACGUGGUGAUUCACCACACGGCUACCCAGAGUUGCAACGAAAUGCCGGUUUGUAAGGAGAUAGUCAAAUCGAUUCAGGACCAGCAUCAGAAGAACAACCAGUGGAGUGAUAUUGGUUACAAUUUUCUGAUUGCUAACGGAGGCAAUGCGUACGAAGGAAUCGGGUGGCAUCGUGUUGGAGCCCACACCCGUGGGUACAACGUCAAGUCCAUAGGAAUUGCGUUUAUUGGUGACUUUACGAAGGAUCUUCCUUCGGCGAAAGCUUUGCGUGCCGUUCACAAAUUGCUCCAGUGUGGAGUGAACAUGGGAGAGCUGGAUAAGAACUAUCAGUUGUAUGGUGCGAGACAGAUUUCGGCUACUGCUAGUCCAGGAAAAGCUUUGUACAAUGAGCUACAGGAGUGGGACCAUUACGAUUCGUCACCAGUGCUAUAGAAAUUAGACAAUAAAAUUAUCCAUGAAUAA